AUGAGUGCAAUUGCAGACAACAACGAUGGCCCCAUCGAGACGGUCCAGGUGCUCUUCGCCCUGUACCCGGGCUACAACACCCUCGAUGUAGCUGGCCCGCUCGAAGUCCUCAGCCGCUCUCUUCACAACUCCAAAGACAAGGCGAGCAAGGCGUUCAAGGUGCAGUUUGCGGGUACCGCAGCUGCCAUGACGUCCGUGCAGGGCCUCACCAUCAAGGCCGACAUGGACUACGAGGACGCCAACGACGAGCUCGAGGACUUUGAUCUCAUCAUCGUCCCGGGCGGCGAGGGAGUUUUCGAUGUGCUCAAGAACAAGUCCGAGCCCCUUGGUCUCCUCUCCAAGUACGUCGAGCUCCAGGAGAAGAACCCCGCCAAAGAGCGCACCAUCCUUGCUGUCGACAUCGGCACGCUCCUCCUCGCUCAGCAAGGCAUGCUCGAGGGCCUCGCUGCCACCACCCACCCCGACUACUAUACUCGCCUUGAGCAGAUCUGCCAAGAGGCUUCGACCCGCGACCUGUCCAUGCGCACCGAUGUCAUGGAGGAGCGUUACGUGGUCAACAACGCUCGAUUCGAUCUGGGCGAGAACCCGGACGACAACCCGUACAUCAUUAGGAAAGCCCGCCGCGGCGAUGGCGAGAACACACAGAAUGGCCGGAGGAAGUCGAUUGCACGCAAGGGCAGCAACGCCUGGCAGGAGUCCCGCCGCCGCGAGUCCAUCGCCCGGCGUGCCAAACUGCCGCUUGGUGGCAUGCGUAUCAUCACCACCGGCGGCGUCACUGCCGGCUUGGAUGCUAGUUUGUAUUUGGUGGGUUCUUUGGUUUCUCACGACUCGGCCCUGGAGGUCGCUCGUGUCAUUCAGUAUUCCUGGGUCAAGGGCGUUACGGUCGAUGCGAUCGACGUUUGA